CUCUUUAAGAGCCCUGUAACAGCAGCAGAGAGGAGCACACUGCAGCAGCACUUCCCCAGCACAGAUACCUGAGCCCCUUCCAUAGAGCAGCAGUACGGUCCCGCGUCCUGCAGGGGGAUGGGGGGCACAUAGCCCGCCUCGACAGUCUCUCGGAAGCAUUAUUAAGUAAAGGAGGACCGCGCCAGGUCCCGCGGUGGUCCGACAGGAUGGUGUCGUGGAUGAUUUCGAGGAUAGUUGUCCUCGCCUUUGGGACACUGUACCCAGCGUAUGCGUCCUAUAAAGCUGUGAAAACGAAGAAUGUGAAGGAAUAUGUGAAAUGGAUGAUGUACUGGAUUGUGUUUGCAUUGUUCACCACUGCAGAGACCCUCACAGACAUGCUUCUAUCAUGGUUUCCUUUUUAUUUUGAACUGAAGAUUGCAUUUGUAAUCUGGCUCCUUUCGCCAUACACUAAAGGCUCAAGUGUCCUUUAUCGCAAGUUUGUCCAUCCAACUCUGUCUAACAAAGAGAAGGAGAUUGAUGACUACAUCGCACAGGCCAAAGACAGGAGUUAUGAGACUAUGAUGAGGUUUGGGAAGAGAGGGCUGAAUCUAGCCGCUAAUGCUGCAGUCACAGCCGCCGCUAAGGGGCAGGGUGUGCUGUCAGACAAGCUGCGCAGUUUCAGCAUGCAGGACCUGACCCUGAUCCAAACAGAGGAGGACCUGGCCCUGCACCCAUCAGAGAGGGGGCGCUCCAGACGGGACACAGUGGACGAUAUGGGCUCAGGAGCGAGCACGCUGCCCCGGGCCCGGAGUGCCUCUGCACGCCAGACCCGCUCUCUGGGGUCCCUAAAUGAUGAUGCUUCGUCCCAGCACAGCUCAGACAUGUCUGACACUAGAACUGAACACUCUGAUGAUGACUUGGGAGAAAGGACCACAAAGAGAAGCAACACUGCUGUCAAGACCACCAAGAAACCCACAGCUGCAAAGACUGAGACUCAAACAAAGACGGUGAAGAAAACUACAGCAAAGAAGAAGUCUGCGGCUGCAGAGACGCCAUGAUGCCUGCGCUCUCCGAGCCCUCAGCCUUCAGGCCUCUCCCAGGGUUUGGCCUCCUCAGUCACCUCACACGGGAUCAUCUGUACUUCACCAAAACUAAUGCUAUUAUCAUUUGACAGAUUUUUACCAACUGCUCCAAGCUCCAUUAAUGUUCAUUUUAACUUAUUUUUUAACCCAAAGAAUAUUUUGGCUACUUUUGUCUUAAGGCGCUUAUAGACUUUCCAGGUGAUGCCUUAUUGGUCAAUAGCGUAUCACUUAUUUUGUUACUGUACAUAUGGUUGCUUCUGUCUGCUGGCCAGUUUAAAAUGCUCAAAAUUUCUCAAAAUUGCAAUUCACGCUACAUCACAAAAUUCACAAUCAACUUGAAAGCUCACUCUACCUGUCACACUACUAGCUCAUUUUAGAAAUCAGUUUGUCUUUGUUAUGACUGAUAAGUUAGGAUUUUUUUUAUUAUAUAAUUUAAUUUAAGUAUCAGAUAUUUGUGAAGAGUGCUUGUUUUUGUGUUGGUUUUGUUAUCCUUCACCUAGACAACACUCUUAGGUUGCCCACAUGUAACUUUAUUUGGUAGGAAUAGUCAGUAUUGAUCGUUACUAUAAUGAGUUGUGCUUGGAUUGGUAGUUCAAGGUGUACUAUAGUUAUACAUGACUUAGCAGUUUUAUCAGAUGAUGUGUUUGGUUUAAUAUUUAAAUUUUUUUUUCUGAGUAGUCCAAUGACACAGCUGUACCCACUUACAUGGGUUUUAAAGCAAUAUAAAUUUGAUGGGAGAACGUAAAAGCUUCAGCCAACAUACAUUGUGCAUGGGGCUUUGUUGUCUGCAGAUCAUAAUGGCCCGAACCACUAGGGGGCGACAAACCACAUCUCAACUGUUGGCUCUGUAAUGUGAAUAUGAUGUAAAUAUAGACUGUACAUACAAAAAUACAAGCUUGCUUGCCUUAUACAACUUUUAGGCUUAAAUUGUUUAGUUUUGUAAUUAGUUGCAUACUUUUCUUGGUUUUUAAUAAGUAUUAUAUUUCACAGGUCAGAUUUCAUUGGACUUUUUGGCUCCUUAGACAUUUUAACCUCAAAACAGGGACUUGAUGUUUACUAUGACUGAUCACAGGAGGACCACCAAAGGCUCAGAUCUAGUCUAAUUGUUUUAAUCAUUUGCACUAAACAAAACUAGCACACUUAAGUGUUGUCUUGCCAAAUGUUUUUACUUUUUUAUCUUCAAAAGAGUUUCAAUAUUAAUAUGUGCUUUCUUUUUGUUUUUCAGUUUUUGCAUAAUUUAAAUUUAAAUAUUGUUUGUGCAAACUUAACAAAUCUUCCAUCUUGCUCAUAUGUGUGCUGGGACAAUGAUAUUAAAGACAUGUGACAGUAUUAAAACUACUAAUAAAGAAGAAUGGCCAGUCUAAAA